UAUGUAUGUUUGUCUUUCUCCGAAGAAUAGAAUAACAAUCUGGUUAGCGUAUGAUAACUUGGCUGGCCACAGAGACCACAUAAUAAAUAGCCUCUCAACCGAGCGCUUUCAGAAGUUUAUGUGUUUGCAUGCCUAGAUGUUUACAGAAAGAUACAAGGAAUUUAUAACCUCACUAUGUAUGCAGCUGUUCCAAAAUGAGCAACUGCCAACAUGUGGGAAUGACAAGCCACAAAGAAGUAGGACCCAGUUGUUCUGAUUGAUUAGCAAUAGAUGAAGAGAGGGAGGAGAAGAAAGAGAGAAGAGAAAGAUAGCAUGAGAGAGAAAGGAAGAGAGAAGUGAAUAAAUGGAGAUAGCGAGAGGGUGAGUGAGAGAGAAAGAGAGAGAAAGGAAGAGAUAGAGAGAAAUUAGUAUGAUAUUGGAGGAAUUACGGAGAGAAUGGACUUCCCAAUCCCAUUUAAAGUAUUUCCCUAAAAAAGGGAAGGGGGAAAGCAACAAUGAUGCCGGAUAUUUUCACAGGAUGUGUUAGCACUGGACCAGCACUGAAAGGUGCAGGGUAGAGCCGGCUGAGUUUGUGUGGGAGUGUGUGUCAGUGAGGAUGUAAGAGUACAACAGGAGCAGCAGCAUGAGAAGAAGACUGCAGGGGAAAGUAACCAUUUCGAAGAGAGCACCAUGGCAGCCUACCUCUGGCUGGUCCUGGCCAUUGUCAGUGAUGUGGCAGAAUCCUUGUUACAUCCCUCACACCAGCUCUCCCCCUGCCAAGUGGUACAGAAUGAUGUGUACUGCAACGAUCUGAACCUGAGGACCGUUCCGGCCAAGCUUCCUCAUGGCAUCCAAAAGCUGGACCUAUCUCGGAACCUUCUACAAAACCUUACCCAAGAGGUUCUAUCAAUCUACACCACCGUUCAUCAUCUGAACCUCCACUCCAACAAGAUCCAGUUCAUCCAGCCGGGUCUGUUCAAAGACAUGACCAAUCUGCAAGUGCUGGACCUCUCCAGUAAUUACUUGGAUGUUUUUGCUGUUUUGAAAACCAGCAUUGGGCCUCUUGCGGCCGUGAAGAAGCUUGACCUCUCAGGCAAUGGCCUGUACACAGGGAUGACCGACUUCUUUCUCAGUGAAGCCCCAGAACUCAUUAACCUUUCUCUGAAUGGCAAUAGUAUCACCAAAGUGGGAAAGGAGACCUUUUGCGGAUCUUUGGCCUUGAGAAACAUUGACCUACACAACAAUGUCAUCUUAGAGAUUGAUGAUGGAGCAUUUGACUCGCUGAUCCAUCUGUCUGAGCUUGAUUUGUCCAUUAACUCCAUCACUUGUAUCACUGACUUUAACCUUUCCCAACUGAAGGUGCUGAACCUCAGUAGGAACAGCAUGGAGUGCUUCCAAACCACAGACUCAGACCUAGAGUACGAGCUCCUCUACCUCGACCUGAGGGAAAACAAGAUCCACUACUUCCCUGUUCUCCCAAGAAAAAACAAGCUCAUGUACCUGGAUUUGUCCAGGAACCGCCUGAUGAGCAUCAACACCACAGGGACAGCGGAUGAGAUGGAGCACUUCAGAGACACGUUCGUACCUCACACGCAGUCAGGUGGAACCAGCCGACACCAGGACCUCUCAAAGCUUAUGUACCUCAACAUGAGCUACAACCAGAUCAAUAGCAUACCGCAGUCUUUCUUCUGCAGCAUGGUGUCCCUUGAGCACCUCAACAUCAGUAAUAAUUGUAUCAGGGCCUUUUCUGUAGAUCAGGAGAGCCCUCUGAACUCUCUGAAGACCCUGGACCUGAGUUACAAUGCCCUACAGAAACUCUCGUUUGGGGAGAACACCCUAAGGUCACUGCAGGAACUCUUCUUACAAGGGAAUGUUCUCAGAAACAUGGACUUUGGACUGUUUCAAAGACUGCCCAGCAUCAGAGGCCUUCACCUCCAGCAGAACUACCUGAAAGUCUGCCCCUCACAGCGAAAACCACCACUGACAGACCACAACUCCCAGGAUCCAUCAGGCUGUGUCUCCUUUGCGUCCAUACCAAGCUUGCACUUCUUGAACCUCUCUGGAAACAGUCUUGAAGUUCUGCCACCGUAUGCCUUCAAUGGCACCAUGCUCAGGUUGCUGGACCUGUCCCUAAACCCAGGCUUGGAUAUUCACCAGAAUUCUUUCUCUGGUCUGGAGAACUCCCUAACUCACCUAUCAUUGAGAGAGAACCAUAUCACAGAACUGAACACAGACCUUUCCCUGCUAAGCAGUCUCAAAUUCGUGGACCUGUCCACCAACAAGCUGAGCGUUCUCCACCUGUGGAACAAGGAGCCCUCCAUAGAGUCCCUGAACCUGCAGAACAACAACCUAGUCACCCUGGAGUACGACACAGUCAUGGUCCUGGAGCGGACGCUCAAAACCCUUUACAUGGGCUCGAACCCUCUCAGUUGCUGUAGCAACCCCCGCUUCCUCAACAUGCUCCAACGCUCCAAUGUGGUCGUCCCGGACAUCGCCACAGUAACCUGCCAGUACAUGGAGAACUCAGAGCUAGUGGAGUUGAACAUUAGGAGCGUGACGCAGGAACAGUGUCAGAAGCUGGACAGUAAGAGCGCUAGCAUCAUCGUCAUUGUGGUGAUGGCUUUGGUGCUGAUCGUGGUGCUGGUGGUGCUCUCCAAGGUGUGCCACCUCAGGAGGCGUAAGCUCAACAGUAGCUUCAGGGCCUGAAGAAUGUGUCCUGUGAUUGGGGAGAAAGAGAUGCUGGAAAUGUGUCUCCUCAGAGGGACUACUAAGCAGAGAAUUUUCAAUGUGAAGUGAGCACUAUUUCCUAAUUUUAACUCUGGAACAUGGCAGCCAAGUCUUCAAGUUAAAAGAAAAAAAAAUACACAAAAACCAUGACCACAACAAUAUGACUUUAUUACAUUUUAUCAUCCAGGAAGUACUGUGACUCAUUUUGGGUCAGAUUUGAGACAUGUUUUGGUUUAUUGAAGUUUCAUAAAUUGAAGGUGUUGUUCUCUUUUUCUAGGGAAUAGCAGACAGUUAUGUGAAAACACAAGAGUAUGAAUGUGGUCACUUUUUUAUAUAAUUAGCAUCAUCAUGUGCACAUACAGUUUAUAGACAUUUAGCCAUUUCCACUUGGGCAAAAUAUUUUAUGACUUCACAGGGUCAGCUGAUAUGCAUUAGAUUUGCUGAUCCAGAUUUAUGGCCAAACACCAAGGCCUCUCUCUUUAUCAAUGCUGUAGUUUGCACUUUAAUUUGAUUGUAUUUGUAUUUUUGUUCAUUAUUAACCUGCUUUUGAAUGUGCGUUUUUUUUGUUACAUAGACUAAAUUACACUAAGUAGUGAGCACAUAAUGCAAACAUGCCCACCAAUGCCAUGUAAUGGCAGAGUGGAGAGCCUUCUCCACCUAAUUUCAACAUCAACACAUCAUUAUGAAACCACAGGGUUUAAAGGUUAUGGCUGCAGUUCUUUAUAUGACUGUGACACUACAAUAGUAUACACUUAGUGUUUUAUAGAAUUUACAGUUCCUAUUUUUGGGACAUAAAUAGGAAGUACUGUAUAGAAGUGAAUUGUUUCACCUCCUAUAGGAUAGUUACAGUGAAUAUUAUUUUUAUAACAGUAUUUUUGUAUUUUUCACUGGUAGAUGUACAGUAGGUAUGGGGUGGUAUGUGGAGACCAAAAACAGGAUUGAAGCAAUAACUCCAGAGGAAGCAGUACUGUCGGAACACCUGCAGUAAAAAAAUGUAGCUUGUUUUAACAGCUUGUAGGGCACUGCCGAUACCUUUCCUGUUUUUGAUGAUCUCACUCUCGAAAAAGCCUGUACUAAAUAAGUAUGUGCAAUUUCACAACGCUGGGUUCCAGCAAUGUGGUUUUGCCCUUGAUAUAAAAUGUAUUUUCCCCCUGAAAUCCUCUCCGGUUGCUACCAUACAUGGAUAGGCAAAUGACCGGUUUGAUAAGUUAAGUGAUACAGUGGAUCAGUGAGGCUUUAACAGAAACAAGGAUCUGUUUUGUUUCACUGAAACAAAAGCCUUUUUUAAUGCAUUCUAAUCUGGCCCUUAGCUCUUUAGGUUUUCUCCCUACAGUAUGUCAGUUGAAUGACAGAGCGGAGUGACAGAAGCAAACAUUAGCCCAACACUUUCUUCACAGAGAAUUUGGCAAACGCUUAAUCAAUGCUGUAGUGAACCCCUGCCAGACUGAAAUCCUUAAUUGGGUAGCAUUCAUCUUUUUCCACCACCAUCUCCAUGAUCAACUUCAUAUCAAUCAAAAUCAUGUAAUUGCAAGGAUUUGAGACAAUCAAUGUUGUUUUGAAGAUAGAUUGCUUUGUUAUUCAUGUGGAAGCUAUCCAUGUUGCAUUUGUUCUCGUAAAGAGAUCUUGCCCUUAAAGGCCUAGCCCUGCAUAGGCCUAGCCCACAAGACCAAUCAUGAACACUAUAAAUUCUCCAGUCAUGGAUUGUCCUUACUCAACACUUGCCCCAGCAGGUCAGUGAGAAUGAUGAGGAGGAAAGCUUGUGAAAAGAACAAUACAGUUACAAAGUGACAACAAGGACUGACCAACCUGUAGAGAGUUCAUUGAAUUACAUUUGUUUUAGCUUUCUGCCUUUUAUAUAGGACAUUGUUACAUACAUACUGAAUUCACACAGUUGUCAUUCCUAUUAAGUCUGUAUUACAGUGCAUUUUUAAGUUGAAUGUCAUAGAAGAUAUGAUUCCUUACUUUAUUUUGUAAUGUUAGGGACUAUUUUAAACAAGAAAAACAAGCCACGGGAAAUCCCUGGUGAGGAAAGUAUGUCCUAAACCAUAUUAAUAGAUAUUUAUUUCAGAGAUAACACUAGAAGAAGAGCAGUUCCAUCCUGUUUCUCACUGUGACAUGCUGAGUCACAGUCACUGCAUUUGGGGUAACCCUCUUGUUCUGCUUUUUCCCGCUCACAUGACUGAACUUCAAGUGAAACCGUCAAAGGUCAAACUAAUGUAUAGAGAUGACAAGAUAAGUCACCUGCUGCUUGAAGUGACAUCCACCAUUGACUACAGUCAAUGACCAACAUUUUACAUAAAUUGACAAUACAAUGAUAAUAAAAUAUCAUAAGUCACACAUUUAUCAAAAUGUUGGUUGGCUGUUUGGAUGCCAUGCAGGCAAGUCAAAGCUACGGCUGUGCAUGUUACAGCUAAUAAAGAAAGAAUAUUAGUAUAAAUGGAGAAUGGUUUUGAUGUUAUGUCAAUUUCAUGACAGUGUUACGUACAGUUUUAUGCAAUGUUAAAUUGAAGUUGCACCCUUGCUUCUGUGUUUAUCUGUUCACUGUGUUUUACAUGUACAGCAUAUGAAGGAUAUUACAAUGAAUCUAUUAUGAACUACUGUAAAAAUAUAUAUUUAUAUUGUUUGUAUUUUCUUAAGUAAAUGAUCUAUGUAACAGAA